GCUCAACUUGAGACGUCACGCGACUCGUGUUGGCCAGCAGGCAUCUACAAACCAAGAAAGUGCCCCACAUCGGCGUCACAGCACGACUGUGGUGCAGCAGCUGCAGCGGCUAUCGUCGUGGUACCUGCUGCUGGUAGUAGUAACUCAAGACUCAAGCCUGUACCGCACAGCUAGACGUCAGGGUGCAGGCAUGCACAGGUGCGAUUGGAAUGACAGGGAAUGUCCGACGUUCUGUAAAAGUGGCGCAGCAGCCACCAAUUGAGCGCCGCAUCAUAUGUUGAUGUUCGAGAUGCGCGGAGCCUCAGACCGAGGGCUCAGUUGUCAUCUUGGGUGACUCCGUAGGCGCAGCUUUCGCAUUCCCAUUCACGACCACCACCACACGUCCUCUUGCACGACUUGUCACAGGACAAUCCUGUCGAGAAGCAUCCGCAGUACUCGGUAUUUUUCCCUCACCACCGACUAGACUCAGCUUCGAAAUGUCAGUCACGCACGGAAUCUCGUCCGCCCUAUCAGGCGUGAUCGAGUCCAUCCUUGGUCUGUUCCAAUGGGCUUGGAACCUCAUCUUGACAGUGCUCAACACCGCCAUCUCGACCAUUCAAGGUAUACUCCACGCCGUUCUUUCCACCAUCGGCGGAUUGCUGAGCGCUGUGACGGACAUCUUUUCGGGAAUCGUUGGCACGCUUGCCAAUGUUACCGGAGACUUGGUGGGCAUCAUAACUGCGAACUUGGUGCCGCUCGCCAUCAUUGGCGGUAUCAUCGUGGCGUUGCUCACAUUCGGAGGCUCCGCGGGCAAAAAGAAGCGGUCAUGAAGACCAGGUCGAACGCGUCACAUCGGAGAUACCCACGAGUUCAGCCCUCUGAUUCCUUGUCUCUUUUCGAAUUGGUGUCUGCCUUGCGAUCUGGCUUCGACUUUUCAGGUCUCACGAAUUUAUGCUGCUAUUAGGCCUUUCAACUUCUGUUGUACAGCGCAAUCGCCGUCGUGGGCAUCGCGGUGGCGCCUCUAUGUGUACAGCCGGGUGCAAGCGGAGGCUGGGUCGAGCGACGGCGUCUUGUUGCGCCUUCUAUUGCGCUACAGAAUCAAUCGUACUCGUCCAUAUCGGCCGAGUACUCGACAGCUUGGUCAUCACGAGGGCCGCCGACCGGUCCGCCAGAAGUCGCCGCUCCUUCAGUCCAUCCAGCAGGUGGCUCCA